CCCUCUCUUCAUUCACUCACAGCUCACUCGACCACAGUUGCUCUCUUCCUAUAGUGGGGAGAUAACGUUACUUAUCUACACUCCAUACCAGUUGGCGGCGGUAGUGCGCCCUUUGCCGUGAAACAUCAAGCGGAAGAAGCAGCAGUACCAGAAGAAGUAGUGCUGUAUCUACACAUGUGGUCAAGCUACGCCGUUCAGUGAGAGUCAACGGAGAAGAAAAGCAGAAGGACCCCUUUGCCAGCAUCGAUUUACCGUUUUACACCUGAUAACAUGAGGCCAGGCUUUAGUCCUCGUGGGGACAGAGGAGGGAGAGGAGGGAGAGGUGGAGGUAGAGGAGGAUUUGGUGACAGGGGAGGAAGAGGAGGAUUCAGAGGAGGAAGAGGUGGAGGAUUCAGGUCCCCAGACGGUGGAGGAUUUCGGGGCCGAGGAGGUGGCAGAGGCACCCCAAGAGGAAGAGGAGGAAGGGGUGGCAGAGGAGGCUUUGGAGGAGGGAAGAAAGUCUUGGUUGAGCCACACAGACAUGAAGGGGUGUUUAUCUGCAGAGGGAAGGAGGAUGCCCUGGUGACCAAGAACAUGGUGGUGGGAGAGUCUGUGUAUGGAGAGAAGAGGAUCAAUGUGGAGGAAGGAGAGAAUAAGAUUGAAUACAGAGCUUGGAAUCCGUUCCGCUCCAAGCUGGCGGCAGCCAUCUUAGGAGGAGUAGACCAGAUCCAUAUCAGGCCCGGAGCAAAGGUCAUGUACCUGGGAGCUGCCUCUGGGACCACAGUGUCCCAUGUUUCUGACAUCGUUGGGCCGGAAGGGCUGGUGUACGCUGUGGAGUUUUCUCAUCGAUCAGGUCGGGACCUUCUCAAUGUGGCAAAGAAGCGCACUAACAUCAUUCCCAUCAUCGAAGAUGCGCGGCACCCACACAAGUACCGCAUGUUGGUUGGCAUGGUGGAUGUGAUUUUUGCUGAUGUUGCCCAGCCUGACCAGACGAGGAUUGUUGCUUUGAACGCUCACAACUUCCUGAAGAACGGAGGACACUUUGUCAUCUCCAUCAAGGCUAAUUGUAUAGAUUCUACAGCAGCUCCAGAGGCAGUGUUUGCCUCAGAAGUGAAGAAGAUGAGUGCAGAGAACAUGAAACCACAGGAACAGCUCACGCUGGAGCCCUAUGAGAGAGACCAUGCUGUGGUAGUGGGCAUCUACAGACCUGCACCUAAACAGAAGAAAUGAGGUGUGGAAGAAAGCUCAGGGAAACGGAUUACCAUUUUCUGCCACAAUCUACUUUAUUUUUUUUAGUCUAUUUCCCUUUUCUUCAACUGCCACCACCCAACAUCAAACUGCUUGAGGCUCUUUUUAUUACAGAUAAGGUUAGGAGCACGUUACAUGUGGGGACAUUUCAAUUGGUUGCCAAAUUGGAGCAAGUCAUCUUGUUUAGUGUUUGUAAUAUAUUACGGUUCACAUCUGGUUUGACCUCCCUUAUUUCACAUGUUAUGCACAAGUGAUAGAAACAUCAGACUGAUGAUCAGGUCUCUGUUCCUGUGCAACCACACAUCAGGAAGAUUAUGUAAAAGUAAAAGGCAGUGGUCUAGUGUUUAUAUCCAGUCUCAUGUAGUUUGUCCCCAGCCUAGGAUUAGUUGUCAAGCAACUUUUUAGUUCAUCAGCUGCUACCCUGUGAGCAAGUAAUUUACCUGAGGAGUAUUUUAACAGAUGGGAUAAGGUGUUAAAUCCUGAAAGCUUUAUUGAAAAACAACUUCUAUGUAGUUACUCAAGUUUGAAUAACUACUACAUGGUUUGAUUUUGGUGGGAGGGUUUUUUUGCUUUUUGUAUAGGCAGUACUUUUAUUUUGGUACUUUUUGCUACUCCUUUGUGCUCCUGAUCAUUUUCUUACUGAAUGUCCUCUUUUUUCCUGGUCCCCUGCUCCUGACCCCAUUGUUUGGGAUAUCCCUAGUAUCUAAACAUCAUACACCCAUACAGCUAGUAUAUUUAAUGUAUAAGUUAUGUCAGAACUUGUGUACAUUAAAAUAUACUUUGUGCUAAUACAUUGUGUGAAUUUAUGGUAGUUCGUGAAGAACAUCUUCAAGUCUGCAUAAUAUACACUUUGUUAAGGAAUCCUUAAUGCUCAUCUGUUUAGUGGUGAGGUGGUAAACUGACCCUGUGUUUACAAACACAGAUCGUGAUUUUGUCAUUCUUAUUGUAAUUUGAUAGUAUAUCUUUUGUGUUAACAGAGUAUGAAGCAGAAUGAUUGUAGGUAAUUUACAACAAUUUAUGCUUGUAACAGUUUGUUUUUUUUAUAUAACUGGCUACUUUGUUUUAAUAAAGUGUUUGAUUCUCUUA